UUGGGUUUGAACUGAUUGGCGAUGGACCUCACUUGUCUUCGUGCCUGUAGUUUGCUUCGGUAGCCUUAUCUGUCUCUGGAAUCCGGCCUCUUUUUCCCGUGCAGGUACGAUCCCGCCCCUGCUCGAUGUGUUCCAUGGAGUUGAAUGACUGUGAGGAGAUGGUGAAAGUGCUGGGCGCGUGUCUCUCUCAAAUCAGAUGGCGACUGAGGUCCUCGACAAGGCGUCGCCUCGAGACGGGUUACUUUUCUCCUCCAUAUUCCUGUUUCGUUCUUACUGUUCUGAUGGAAUCAGGGGCUCUAACCGGAGCUGGUUUAUGGAUAUUCUAGCACUAUGCACUAGACUGAGACCUGCUGUGUUAGUGGACUAUGGUGGAAUUAUGCCUAAGCUUCAAGAGAAUUUAUCCUCACUCUUACUCCUUGCCAAGAAGCAAUCAAGUACAUUACAUCAUUUGAGGGUAAUGAUCUUAGACGACAUGGUUUACAUUGUUAAUGUUGAAGAACUUGCUGAGCAUGUAUUUCUAAGUCUCAGUUCAGGGCAGAAGCUAAUUCUUGUAGAUCUCGAGCAAUGGCCACUGAAGAUUCUGUCACCUACAGAAGCAAAUGAUAUUGCGUCACAGCUCUUCUCUAUUCAGAAGCUAUUUUCAACAGUUUUUCGUGUUGGAGUCGACAAAGAAUCAUGUAUCAAGGAGAAGCAUUCUGCUAUACAAAUUGCUGAUCCUAUUGAUCUUAGCAGCUUUUUACAUGAUGCAAGAAUCACUCUACCCUCUCUAAAUGGGUGGCUUCUUGGUUAUCCUAUCACAUACUUAUUCAGCAAGGAAUAUGCUGAAAAAGCUACUCUGCAUCUUUCCACCAAGUCUCUUCGUAUAUUCAAAAUUAUGGUUAGCAGGCAACAAGCAUCGGGUUCUCAACUCUAUGAAACUGAACUGAUGAGUUUCACAGUGCCCUGUGAUAUGAGCCAGAGACUAGAUAAAGAACCAUGGAUUGCUGCAUUUCUCAGUCGGAUAUCAGAGAAACUCAAAAGAUACAAGCAGAUUUGGGCAUCCAUGCAGUUGGAGAUGGAGGUCACCAGUGAUCAAUUGGUAGUUUUAUAAAUUGAUCACAAACACCAUGCUGAAGAAGGAAGAAUCUGUUUUUUUUGCAUUGCUUGCAAGGCAGUCGGUUAGACGGGAAAGGGAGUUGCAGAUGGCCAUAAUCACUUCACUCUUAUAUUUAUAUUUAAGAGAUAUCGUAAGGUAAUUGUCUUAUGAUAUAUAUAAUAUUGUAAAUGACAAUAGAUGGUGACAGGGGCAAUAGUGACCAUCUAUCGCCUAAGUUUCAUCCAAUACAAUACAAUUUAUAUAAGGUGCAAAUAAA